GAAAAAUAUUUUCACAAAAUAUUAUUCUUUAAUGCGCGCGCUUGAAAAUCAUCUCGCGUAGUAAUCUGGUUGUUAUAGACCACCGUACACAACUUGCGGCCCUUUCCAGUUGAUACCCUGUCGCCUUUACGUUAAAUGCUACUAUGAAAAUAAUUGGUGACCCGACGGAAUCACGAUAAUGCAUUACCAUACGGCGGUGUUUACAAACUAAGGUCGAACAGUCACCCAGAUUUUCUCCAUAUUUUUACUAAAAAUCUGACACCAGCACCUGAGUUUUGUAUUGUCCAAGAAUGUGUCCGGUGUGGACUCCGCUGAACCCACCUCCUCGUCCCGAUGAGGUGUGGGAUUUGUCAGACGAUGCGAGGAUCAUCCUGCGAGCUCUUCGCGAAGCGCACAAGAAGAAGCGUGAGUCACGGCAGCAAAGUCAAGCACCGCCAGAUCCAAAAACAUACUACAGGAGCCUUUACAGGGAGAGCUUUAAGCAAGAAAGUCCUCGUCUGAGCCCAAAAGAGAACUGUUCUGGUGAGCAAGCAACUCAGACUUCAAGUAAUAGAUCCUUUGAGUUAGGUCAAAGGAUUAAAGUUGAGCAGCGCAGUCCUCAAGGUUCCCCUGAGCCGCCUGUGCUUAAUUGUGAGCAGAACCAGGCGUCUACUCUAUCCCACUUUAUUUCAGCAGUUACACAAAAUACAACCUGGUGUAGGGAUUGCUCUCAAAACCCUGGAAGGGUCUUUAGUGAGGAAUUGUUUAGGACAGGUAGGCCAGUUGAUGAGUUGUUGUACAGUGCCAGGAUUAGUGCGUCCGCCGUUAGUCAUAUGGCUGGCUUUAAUCUAAGAAGUCCGAGGAAAGGGCAGGGUGGCGAAGAUUCGAGUCCCGUCAUUCCCGAUAGCCUUCCAAUUGACACCAAGUACUACCAGGAAUUUGACAAGAACCAACAUGGUUUUCUCGCCACAGACUUUGUACCCAAUUCAUGUAGAGAGGAUGGACCAGGCAUGUUGAAUAAGUCUAGGGAAACCCGAGUAGAAGGUACCCCCAACCCUAAGGAAAGGGGUUUAGAGAAGGGUAUUGAAGCUUCACCAGAGAAACGGCCAAGGCACAGUGUAGGGAACAAUAGUGAUAUUUUGGAGCAGGUCCAGUCAGGAGCAUUCCAUUCUGGGAAGUUUGCAUCCAAAGCAGACUGGCCUCUGCAAGAAAAUCUGCAUCCCAUAGGAAACAGUGAAGGAGUGGUAGCACCCCAGAUCCCCCUAGCUGAAAUGGAAGACGCAGGGACUAGACAUGUAGGAUGCAAACCUGAUAGCACACCUAUUCCAGCACACAAAAGAAGUUUUUCAUCAGAUGUAAAGAUUGAUGAACAGUCUCACCAUGGUUUAUCAGGAAAUCAAAAAGCAGCUGCCCAGGCUUCAACUUUGCAGAAGAAUAAAGCAAUGUCAAAAGCAGGGACAUGCAAAAGGAAGGCAGGCCAGCCAACUAUUGAUGAGAUAUUUGGUUACGCCAACAGCGCAAUGCACAGAACUGGAGACCUGAUCAGGAAUGUCUCAAGCAUGACAUCUGCGUCAAGAGAAGAAGUCAGCGACAGGCUGGCCAGAGUGGACGAGGUAUCCAUGUGCAUCAUGUACAAAGAUGGCUCCUCCCAGCUUAGAGAACCCAACUCUACAGCAAAGAAAAGAAAAGGCAUUGGUUGCAGUGAUGGUACAGCUGAAUGCUUGGUGCUUGCAUACGAAAUUGCAAGUAUCUUUCCUGAUGAUGGAGGUAGCGGCAAGCAUCCAGACAACAAGCUGGACUUCAUCUCCAUUCCACUGUGCGGAAAGCAAGAGAGCUCUACCCAAGAAUGGAGCAAGAUCACUUUGCUGAAUCUGAUGAGGAACCAGAGAGUGAAGAAGAUUUGCUUUGAUGCCCAGGAGAUGAUUCAUACCGUGAUCUGUAGCUUCAGCCUGGACCAUGCAGUGGUGAGUUCCCAUUGGCUGGCCAUGGACCCCAAAGUGGCCGCCUGGCUCAUCGAUGCCGAUCAUCCACCAAUCACAUUCACUGAUCUCCUGGGCAAGUACUUGCCUGAUCAAGCCAGCCAAUCAGAAACAAGAAUGAAGUCCUCCAUUUGUGUUGACCUGCCAUUGCUGGGGGCCAUCAUGAAGCAUUUGUUCCACCUGCUGAGCGAAGCAAGCCUGUGGCAGUUGUUUCUGGACGUGGAGAUGAGGCUUUGCCCAAUUCUGGCAGUGAUGGAAGUGCAAGGCAUUCGUGUGCAAUCGCAGACAUUGCAGGAAUAUGGCAAAUUACUGCAGAGCAAGAGCCGGCAAGUAGAGUUGGAGGCACAUGAGGCUGCAGGCCGCCCUUUCCAAAUCACAAGCCACACCCAGCUCAGACAGGUUUUAUUUGAGGAGCUUCGUCUUGACAAGAAGUAUCAGGGUAGAAAACUUGCCCGGACGAAUGUGCUGAACCUGAAAUCAACAUCUGAAACAGUGUUGCUCAAGCUGCAAGACUUACACCCCUUGCCCAAAUUAGUGCUACAGUACAGACAGCUUGCCAAGCUCAAGUCCACCUAUAUUGAUGGAAUCCUGGACUGCAUUGAAGACGGCUAUAUACACACGAGUUGGGAGCAGACAUCAGCUGCUACUGGCCGCUUGCAGUCAGCUAACCCGAACAUCCAGAACAUUCCCAAACAGCCUGUCUUAAUGCACGACCAAACCCAAACAGAGGAAAGCGAGCCAAACAGUACUGCCAUUCUGGCCAGGAAACCAUUUGUCAGUCGCGACGGCUGGUCGUUCGUUGCCGCAGAUUUCCAGUCGAUCGAGCUGCGUCUCCUAGCGCACCUAUCCCAUGAUCCCGUCCUAGUGCGAGCGUUCAAUAAGCAGGACUGCACGGAUAUCUUUGUUGAGUUGGCGUCCCAGUGGCUCGGUGUACCCACGGCUAGUGUCACCAGUGCAGAGAGGGAGAAGACUAAGAGGAUAGUGUACUCAGUCAUCUAUGGAGUUGGACCUGAUAAGUUGGCAGAGACUCUUGGUGUGAGCAGAGAGGAAGCCAAGUCAUUCACCAGAAGUUUCCUCAGCACGUUUCGCGGAGUGAGUUCUUUUACAAAGACCUGUAUCUCCUGCUGCCAGCGGCACGGCUUCGUUCAGACCAUCUUCAGGCGGAGACGUCUCAUUCCCAACAUCAACUCUGUCGAUUUUCACAUCCGUUCGCACGCUGAGAGGCAGUGCGUCAAUUUUGUGGUGCAAGGGUCUGCUGCUGACAUAUGCAAGGUGGCCAUGAUCCAAGUGGUGCAUGCCUUGGCAGCCAGACCUCAUCUCAACGCAAGACUUGCGGUCCAGAUUCAUGACGAGUUGCUGCUAGAGGUCGCUGAACCCGAUGUUGAAGAGGUCAAAGGUAUUGUAAAGUCUGCAAUGGAGGUGACUGAGUUUCACUGUGGUUCACAUGUUCAGCUGCAGGUACCUCUGCCAGUGUCAAUCAGCGUUGGAAAGAACUGGGGACAACUCCAAUAACAACAGCAGUGGUUCAAGCGGAGUAAACUAAGCUAAGUAAUCUGAGAACGGCCAAUCAGUGCAGCAAAUGAUGACGUUGAUCCAUAUGGAGAUAUUUAAUUGGUGCAUCAGUUGUGUGCUAUGUGAAAUGACAGCUGAUUGGAGGAUCCAUGAUGUUGUACAAAUAUGUAGACAUUUAAAAAAAAAAAAAUAGUAUGUCCCUUUGCAUGUUGGUGUUUGUAUUUCUGUUUUUUGCAUGAAUGAAAACAAAUUUGAUGUCAAUAGUUUAUUACUGCCAUGAUGGAUAAGGGCAGAAAUUAAGCAUUGCUUUUUGGUAAUUGUUUCUAAUAUUGUAACAAUUAUGAUAAACAUGUUUUUUUCCCCUGCAGUGUAAAAAGAAGAGAGUGUUCUCCUGUAGACAGACAAAAGUAGUGAUAAACAUAGUCAUUUAUGUUGGGUACAUACAACGUAUAUUACGAAAAACUUUAAACUUGUACACAAAUGCCAAGUAUUUUUUUCCUUUGUUCUUAGGUUAACUGAACUCUCUAAAAUGACUGAUUUAGCCAAUGUUUUAUUUUAAAUAGAACUGUGCAUCAAUGAUGUAACUGUUAUUUUAAUAAAAUUGAAAAUGCACCACUUGACAAAGCCAUGUUAAUUUAUUGUCUCUAAUGUGUUUCUUCUUUCACUUAGAUGGUGAAAUUUGUUUAAAUUAAUGUCACAUUUUAAUUGGACAGUUGAUAAUUUAACUGUGAAUAAGAAGUUCAUUGGAAGUGUUCUUCAACAAAAUGUGUUAAGUAACAAAUUACCUGUUCUCAAAAAUGACAAAAACAUACAUCAUGGGGUUUGGGGCAAUAUAGACAAAUCGUCCCCGCCGACUGUCUUUUUUCUUGCCCAACUCUUUUUAAAACCAUUUUUAAUUCAUACAUAAAUUGAGAUGUAUAUUUUGUAAAGUUUUUCAAUUAAGUGCCUUUUAUUCAAACAAAAUUGUAACAAGGAAGAAAGGGUGACGGCUGCUUUGGGCACAAUUUUGUUUCAGCGAAAGAGUCGAGAAAUGGAAUAAUCCGUCUACCA